ACAACUUUCCGGUAGCUUUCUGGUUUUGAUUUCGAUAGGAAUCUAGAAUCUAGGCUCGGAAUUUUAUUUUCUAGUUGAAUUUAGACUGUUAAAUUUCCCCUAGGGUUAGUAUUCGACUCAAUUGGAUUAUCUCGGUAGAGGGAUUUCACUAAAUUUAAGGAUUUGGGUUUUGAUUAUCAGAAGAAGAAGAAGAAGAAGAAGAAGAUGAGUAACACACCAGCAACGGCGGCGUCUAAAUCGAAAGCUGCGGGAACUUCUCAGCCACAGGAAAAGCGCAAAACCCUCUUUCAGAAAGAAUUGCAGCAUAUGAUGUAUGGAUUUGGCGACGAGCAAAACCCUCUUCCAGAGACUGUGGCGCUUGUAGAAGACAUUGUUGUGGAAUACGUCACAGAUUUGACACAUAAGGCUCAAGAAAUUGGUUCAAAGCGAGGAAGACUUCUAGUUGAUGAUUUCUUGUAUCUUAUCCGCAAGGAUUUGCCAAAACUGAACCGGUGUAGAGAACUGUUGGCGAUGCAAGAAGAGCUGAAACAAGCACGCAAAGCUUUUGAUGUGGAUGAGAAGGAACUAGUUGAUUGACCUUUCUUUAUUUUCAAGACUGUAUAAUACAAGUGGAGCUGGAACAUAAAGCGCCAUAAUUUUA